CGCAUGGUUAUUCUUAUUAAAAUUCACCCCCUCCUGCAGCUAAUUACUAAAGAAAAGGAAGCCUUUUUCUUUAGUUAGUAGCGAAUCCCGACGCCAAAGAUACCCGUUUCCUCCCAUGGCCUUUUUCCUUGGCACACCGUCUAGAACGCCCCUUCUGCUCCUCUUGCUUUGCUUUCCUCCACAUGAUGCUCACAUGAUCGCAGGCUGUACCAGAGCGAAACCAUGAAUCCAUGGGUAGCUAAUGAAUGUGAUGUCAACAACAAAAGGGGAUAUUCUCUAAAUACCAUGAAGCCUUUUCCUCACCGUCGCGAAACCUUUGGUGCUGAAGAGAUGAGGAGAAAAGCAAAGCUUUCAAGCAGAAGCUACCACUUCAAAAGUAAUGAUCCCAACUUCACAGAGUUAUGCUUCAGUAACCCACGUGCCUCUCUCCAAAGUGUGCCUUCUGAGAGUGUUGGAACAAGCUAUGGUGGAGAGCUAAAGAGAGGAUCUAUAUACCAAAGCUCAAAUUCUGUAAGGAAAAUGAAGAACCAGGGGAUUCUUGAGAACAGACAGGUGAUGUGGCCAGAAUUCAUCAAGCAGAGCACCAAUCCUACUGCAUUGCAGAGAAGGGGCCUCCAUAGUUCUUCUAGUAGCCAGCGAAAGGCAACACAUGUCAGCAGGUUGAACCCCACUGCAUAUUCCAGAGGUUCCCAAGAUUUCAAUGAAAAUGUUGCGACCUGCAAUAAGGAUUUAGCUUCCCCUGUUAAUAAGCCUAGUUCACCAGAGAGAUUCUUGGAGGUUUGUUUUCAUCCUGAUGAAACAGAGCACUGGCAUAGUGUGACGAAACAUCGGCAUGGCACAGGAAGAAGCUUGAAGAAGGUGGAACCUUUGAAAAGAGUUGAUAAUUCUACUUUAAAAACUGGGAUGCAUGCACUGCCGGAUGUUCCUGAAGCCAUUCUUUCAUCCAGUUUUUCUUUAGAGAAGCCCACGGUGGCUAAUCUGCUCCUUGAUCUGGAUGCAUGUAAACCAAAAGAAAUUACAAAAUCUCAGGUCAGCCCAUUUCAGAGAAUGCUGGAUCCGUUCAUGUCUUCCAAAUCUUCAAAUGUUCCAUCAACUUCUUCAACAAAAUUGAGUCAGAUAAGAGGCUCUAAUCCUGUAAUUGUCAAUAAAAAUGAAUUGCUUAAGAAAUCCUUGUUAAAGGAGUUCUCCAAAACAGAUGACAGGUUAUUCAGUCAGCCAGAAAUGCAUGAUCAUUCUACAGGUUCUGUUCAAGUAUUAGAUGCCUCACCUGCUCACCUACAUGGCCGUCUUAAAAUGACGUAUAAGCAUGGUGCUCCAUGUUUUCAGUUCACUCUAAAGGACCAUGAAAAUGUUUUGGCAGCCAAAACGCAUAAAACAGACAACCCUCUUAACUGGUUGUACACAUUUCUCUCAUCUACUGAUAAAAAGAGAAGUAGUGGCAGCUGGGGAAGAAAGGACGGAUAUAGGGAGUCUUUUGUUAUUGGGCAAAUGAAGGUCUCCUGUCAUUUGUGCUCCAAGAUGAGAAACCAAGGGCCUGAUGAUGCCUACGCCAUAACAGAGUUUGUUCUGUUUGAUUCUUCUAGCCAAAGGAAAAGUCUAGCACUACCUGAGGGAGGAAGUAGUUCUUCUCCAAGCAGGCAGUGUCAUGAGACCCCAGAAAGAACCACCAUUGAAAAUAUGGUGGUAAGAUCUCCUUCUUGUGGACAUGAUAAACCUAGUAGAAUAGAACCUUUGGAUGAUGAUAAUAAUGUUACUGCACCGACUUCUUCACAGAUCCCUCUGCAUUCUCUACCACACCUUCAGAUUGCAGCAAUGGUUAUUGAGGUGCCUUUGGGGAAAAGGGAAUGUCUGAAAGGCAAUCUUAAAGAUGACAUUAUGAAUUGCCACAGAAGUCAGCACUUGUCAAGCUCCUCUACCAUCAAUCAUAACACUGUGAUCCUUGAUGCAGAUAACACUGCAAAUAUUACUCUUGUUAUUCCUAGUGGUAUCCAUGGGCUACCAACUAGUGAGGCAACUUGCCCAUCACCCUUGCUCAAUCGUUGGAAAUCUGGUGGAGGCUGUGAUUGUGGUGGAUGGGACAUGGCUUGUCCACUGAUGGUUUUUGACAAUUACGGUUCUCACAAUUUCAAUGUUUUUCCUUUUGAAAGGAAUAAUCAGCAUCUAGAACUUUUUGCUCAGGGAUGCAAAGAGAAGGUUCCUACAUUGACUAUAGACAUCAUUGACAAAUGGCUAUAUUCUGUAACUUUUCAUGCAAAACUAUCAUCACUGCAGGCGUUUGCAAUAUGUGUUGCUGUCUUACACAGCUCUGAGAUAUCCAUGCCUGCUGGAAAAGAAAAUAUCCAUCAGAGGUCGGUUAGUAAUUCAUUGAAGGCUCUUCUUGAAGAGGAUGUGAAGUGUUUGAUUGGGAUGGACCUUAAGGAUGGGAAAAGGAAAACCUCAAAGAGAUUGGAUCUUCAGACAAAUUUUAUGCUUGAUCCACCAAUUUCUCCAAUUGGCAGAGUUUAGACAUAAUGCUAUGUACAGUGUGGCAUCCAUCACCUCCCAAUGAAGGCAGCAAAAGUAGGGUAUGCUAUCUAAAUGCAAUAUCAGGCUGUAGUGGCCCUCCAUAACCAACCAUGUUACUGUAAAUCUGCUGACCCUUGAUCAUGGACUGUGCAGCAGAUCCUUCUUGUGGAAUAUAAGGUGAUUGAGAAUUGAAUCUCUGGUGCUAUGGUCUAUUGUGGUUGUUUCCAAUUUUAGUUCAUUCAGAGAGUCCAAAUUGGAUCUAUUGGUACUGGCAGGAUAUUCUGUUCUUUGUAAUUAUUACUUGCUCAUGAUUUACAUAUCAAUGUAAAGCCAUGUUAUCUGUAUAUUGAAGAAAAACUUCUGCAAACAGUUACAGGAGGGGUUUGCUACUGAGGAUGAUGGUUGGUUCUAAACUAUUUCAUUCUUUUCAGGCUGUAUCCAGUAGGGGAUGCUGAUUAAAAGAGACCGUCUUUCUUCUCCAGUCAACAAUGGAAUGAGUUAAAUAUGGAAAGCUUUGGUUGUACUCUUUUUCCCUUUAAAGAAAGUAAUAAUAGUUCUACUGGAGAUGUUGAAGAGUCAAAGUACUGCCGAAGCACCAUCGAUGAAUAAAGAUUAUGGAGAAGACAAACUAAUGUGCAUGAUUGUGAGAAGCGUCAGUGGGAUGGAAACAGCAAAGGAUGGUAUCGGUGAAAAUGCCACAUGGGAAAACUUCUUAUAAGAUGACUACUCAAAAGAUGGCAACAUCAAAAGAAGGCAGUCUUACAGGUGGCAUGUUCAGACAUAUCUGGAGGACUACAGAACAGCGUUCCUCCUGAGUGGGUCAAGGUGAAGGCACCCCUUAAGAAAUCAGCUAAAGGCAGAAGCAUAAACUCCAUACCCUUUUCUGCACCUCUAGAACAAUAUAUUCGGUGGGCCUCUUCCCAAUAAGCGUUAGAUGAGCAACGAGGUUCAGUUGCAACAGUUUUCUUAUCCGAGCGCGUAUAAUAUAUAUAUAUAUAUAUUCAGGGGUGGAGGGAGGGGGGGCCGCCCGGGCCAUGGCCCGGGUGAGCCCAAGAAUUUUUUUUUUUCAUUGAAAAAAUCAAAAUUUUUUAGUUUGGCUCGACCGGUCGCUCCUCUUGGUCCGACCCUGGUCCGGCCCGCAAAUCAUCUUGGCCGACCCUAGAAAAAAUCCUAGCUCCGCCCGUGUAUAUAUUGGAGGGGUCUUGCCCUGUACUGAUGAUGCUUUCUUUUUAGUUCCUCCAAUGCUUUCUUUUUA